ACAGGACUAUGAAGAGCUGGAAAAGAAGCUGAAAGAAGUUUUUAAGGAGCGAAGCACCAUCCUCCGUCAGCUGACAAAGACAUCAAGAGAACUUGAUGGAAUUAAAGUCAACCUUCAGUCUUUAAAAAACGAUGAGCAAUCUGCCAAAAGUGAUGUUCAGAAGCUCCUGGAAUUAGGCCAGAAACAAAGAGAAGAGAUGAAGUCUCUCCAGGAGGCCCUGCAAAAUCAACUUAAAGAGACAUCUGAGAAAGCAGAAAAACACCAGGCAACUAUUAAUUUUUUAAAGACUGAAGUGGAAAGAAAGAGCAAAAUGAUCCGAGACCUCCAGAAUGAG